UGCAUCAAUUUACUUCUACAUCGUCUUUUUCUUUGUUCAUAUGCUGACCUGCCUUGGACUCAGUGCACAAAUCUACUUUAUGGGCACCGUCAGAAUUGAUGGUGGUGUUUUCAAAAGAACAUUCCUAGUUUGCAAGUCAGAUAUAUUCACAUGUGCAAGGCCAACUCAUCCGACCAGAAUAGCUCUUCUUACUGUUGGAAUCGUAGUCAAUCUAGCAUUGAGUAUUCUAGGACUCGUGACCCAACCGAUGGACUUUGCCUCCUAUCUUCUUGCCAUCAUGAUAGUUAACAUGCUCCUAUAUCUUUCAUUCUACUUUAUUAUGAAACUUAUUUGUCGAGAGAAGAUCCUCCUGGUUGUUAUCAUUCUUAUAACACUGACGCUCUUUCUUUGGGCAGCAGCUCUUUAUUUCUUCCAGAUCAAGAACACUGGUUGGCAGUAUUCGGCAGCUCAAUCCAGGGAACUAAACGCUGACUGUACUAUAAUGGGGUUUUAUGAUGGACACGACACAUGGCACUUCAUCUCAGCGUUAGCUCUCUUCGUUUCAUUCGUGGGUGUUCUUCUUCUUGAUGAUGAUCUGGACCAGACGCCAAGAAACAAGAUCCGGGUUUUCUAACUCCAACUACUAAAACCAUAAAACCAAAGAUGGGGAGCAGUUAUGCAAACGUUAUUAGUACAUGGAUUAGAAUACUAUGAAUAGCCUGAUAUGCUGUAAAGGCCACCGCACACCUUGCGACUAGCCUUCAUUCCGAUUUUGCAACAAAUCACAUUUUGGUCAUUGUCGACAAAGUAAAUGAAAAGCAUCUUUUUAUUUGAUUUAAAGAUUAAAUAACUGAGAUCUGUUACAAUUUUGGAUGAUUGCCAAUCUUUUUCUUUUUUAUUAAAGACCUAAUUACUUUCAAACCGUAGCCAAUAUUAUAUUCGCUUUUAUUCUUAUAGGGAUGAUAGCAUAGUCACAAAUCUUAAUAUAGGUAUUUGUACAAUGAUUUAGAACAUUACACAGUAAGAUAUUCAUUGUCUCAAUAUUAGCAUCAUAUUCUACGAAGUUUUAUUCCAAUACGGGUUGCAGACUACAUUUAAUCGUAAGGUGUGCAGUGGCCUUUAGACACUUAGAAAUGAUAUCGGUGUCUCCUUCGAUCCUCCACCUACCAGAGUUACAUAUGCACCCUUAAGUGGAGAGAAGUGAUACAGGCGAAAAUUUAUCAUUUACUUUCCGGGGCUACUUUUUUAGCUCACCAGACUGAAUAAUGCUACUCUCUAUUGGCUCAUAUUGGACCAUUUGAAAUUCCAGGGGCCCUGUUUUAGUUUUCAGGAGGGGGGGGGGGCAACUUGGGGCUGAAAUAGCCCAGAGCCCCCUCCCUUUUUUUCCAUGAUGUGAUGUAGACAUUAGUGUGUGUAUUGAACCUCUAAAUGAGGUCUGAUACAACAAACAUCAGGUUUUCAAAAUCACCUUCAUGAAUUAAGACUGAUGUCAUUCCAAUACCCCCAAACCUCUUAUCAUGUAACCUUAAUCAAUUCCAUUUGUUAUGAAGUGUAAGAAUUCCUGCAAUUUUUAAGUUUAAUGCCAAUAUGAAUGUUCAAAGUCCAUUUCUUUGACCUGUUACAUAUUAUUUACGUCUUGCCAUAACAUUUUCAGCUGUGACUAGACAAUUUUUUCAAAGAUAUAUUGUAAGUAGGCUAAUGUUUUGUUUGCUGUUCAGAAUAUGAACUUCACUUGUAUGAUCUCUUGCUAAAAAAUGUGUUUAGAUAAUCAUGAGGCAAUUUGUAUACUGUAUAGUAUUAAUAGAAAAAAGAAACGUUUUCUAAGGUACAUUGUGUUACAGAUAGAACGUUAUCUUUGCAAGUAAAUGUUUUUUUUUGCUCUGAAAUCUGUCUUAAUAAUUUAAAUGUGGCAAUUGUAGUAUUUGGUACAAAAAUUUUGUUUCUAAGAUACAUUGUUCAAUGUAUAUUGUGUUGGAAGUGAAGUAAAUGAUACAUCAUGUUAAAAAAUAUUAGUUGAUUAUAAUAAUCUCGAAAACCUUACAUGGUGAAAAUGUUUUGAUGAUCUUUAAUUAUAAGGCAAUUGGCAUACAUGUUUAGCUACUUAAUAAAAUACCGUUAUGUGUAUUUUACAUUUAAGAAUAUAUCCAUGGUGAUGAAGGUUUUAUUUUAUUCAAAAACAUGUGCUCAACUCUAAUAAAAUCUGAAUAAGCUUCAUACUUGGAAAUAUGUUUUGAUAAUCUUUGAUAAUUACUUGGAUAGUAUUUAAUUUAGUAAACAUUUUUUUCCCUAGAGUGAUACACAGUCAUAUAUGUAUUCUUACAAAAAUGGUUAUACCAAUAUGAAUUUUAUUGUGGAUAGUACAUGUGCUCGAAUGCAUCUUUUUUUUUUAAUUGUGAAUACUGUUAGUGUAAAAAUGAUAAUUGUGAAGUAUUCUCUUUCGAUAUGCAGUAAUUAGGCCCUUUAGAGAUCUUAUUUACUUGAAAAUGUUGAUUUAAUUUUUUUGUGUGUUCUUUUGAUUUUAACACUAGGUGACAAACGAUCAUUGCUUUGUCUUUUCGCUUGUGUUGAUGUUGAAAGGUCAAUAUCAAUGUCAUAAACUAUAAGUACAUGUAUCUUUCUUGAUUUGAUAUACAUUUAUGCACAGCAUGCAUUUGAUAUCACAUAAUUCUUCCACAUGUUCAGUACUCUAUCACUUUAUAUGUAUAUGAGAUUGUUAUGUAUGAUGAUUUAUAUCUAUUUGUAUCACUUCUAUUGUACAGAGCAAAAGAGCAGUGUUUUGUGAAUGGUCUAUGUGGUUUUAUGGUGUCUAGUCAUAUUUGGCCAAGAGAGGGAGCUAUUCAAUAUCCAAGUCAUUACCAUAUAUGUUUUGAGUCUAGUCAACUCCUAGAAGUGGUAACUGUUGGUUGUGAAAAAGGCAUGAUUUUUUAAUUCAUAGUAGAACAGAAUGAGCAAAGUAGGCCUACAUCACAGUUAAUUAAAAGCCAUAUUUGAGCCCUUAUGGAUUGCUUAUUUGUUCAAUCCACUGGGUAAGUUCAGGUCCAGAGUUGGUGUUAAGUGUUCAAAGCAAAGCCCAAGCUUCAAGCAUCUGAGUUUGGUGUUGGUUCUGGUGUUAGUUUGAGAAACGCAGGUUAGAUUGCCUUCCAAACUCUAGCCUCUAACACCUAAUCGGUGCUAGUGUAAGAACAGAGUUAAAUUGGCUUC